UGCUACCCGGGAGUUGUAGUUUGUUUGCCUGUGGGAGGUCAGCAAUAUGGCUGCGCCCGUGCUGGCUGCUAACAGCGUGUACAGUAUGAUGCGCCGGCACCGAUGAUAAGAUGAGUGGCUGCAUGGGUGUCACAGUAUCGCUGUAUAGAGCUAUAUAUGUACUGUAAGCUUAGCUGCUCAGGCAUAUAAAUCUGGCAUCCUGCAGAACGCUGCAGAGAAGCUGGCUCCCCGGACUCUCCCCUGCUGAACUCGGUGACAGAGGGCUGGAAAAGAGGGGGGCAUUUUCAAGGCGCAGUUUCACAAGAUAGGAUGGCCUGAUGACAAGCGUACACUAGCGAGGUGGCUUUGAAUGACGAUUUCAGAAGCAUAUUCUCAAGCUGAUCUCCCUGUUUCGGCUAUUGUCUCUGCUCACUCUGCUCGUAAGCCUUAGGAAGAAGAAUGGCAAGUACAUCGUUCCUUGUUGGCCGAGGCUUGUGCAACCUGAAACCCAGAUUUGUACUUGUGAGACACUUAGCAACUCCGGUGGGGAAAAGCAAAUCCGGGGAUGAGCUUCCAACCUUUCAGUAUGUUGGAAAAACAUCUAAGAGAAAGGACCGUGUUUUUGUUUGGGGCUUCUCUUACACUGGAGCAUUAGGGAUACCCAGCUUUGUAGUACCGGACACAGGAAGGAAAAAACCCAAACAAUUCCAGCUAACUCCAUAUAGGUUGGAUAUGGAUGAAAAGAUCUCAUCUGCAGCCUGUGGCUAUGGUUUCACGCUAUUAUCUUCCAAGACAAGCGACAUCACAAAGGUUUGGGGCAUGGGACUAAAUAAGGAUUCUCAAAUUGGGUUUCAUAGAAGUAGAAGAGAUAAAACUAAAGGUUAUGAAUACAUUCUGGAGCCAUCACCGGUUCCUCUGCCACUGGACAAGCCGCAAGACACACGAGUGUUGCAAGUGUCUUGUGGCAGGGCACACUCCCUUGUUUUGACAGAUAAAGAAGGAGUUUUUAGCAUUGGGAACAAUUCAUAUGGACAGUGUGCGAGACAGGUUAUCGAAGGAGAGAUUUACAGUGAAAGUCAGUUGAUUCACAGGGUUCGGAAACUAGAAAGCAGAGUUGUUCAGGUUGCAUGUGGACAAGAUCAUAGUCUGUUCAGGACGGAGCAAGGAGAAGUGUAUUCAUGUGGUUGGGGAGCUGAUGGGCAAACAGGUAUUGGUCAUUAUAACAUCAGCAGUGUUCCUACAAAGCUUUCUGGUGAUUUGGAUGGUGUGAAUGUAGUUCAGGUGGCCACCUAUGGAGAUUGUUGUCUGGCGGUAUCGGAUAAAGGAGAUGUAUAUGGCUGGGGAAAUUCUGAAUACUUGCAGUUUGCAUCCAUCACUGACCUCUCACAAGUUAAUGUACCCCAGUAUUUACCAUUCCGGCAUGUUGGGAAGGUGAAGCAGGUAGCGUGUGGUGGUACUAGCUGUGCUCUUUUAAAUGAUGAUGGGAAUAUCUUUGUUUGGGGUUAUGGUAUCCUUGGAAAAGGCCCAAGCAUGCUGGAGACUGCAGUCCCUGAGAUGAUUCCUCCAUCAUUGUUUGGCUUAAGUGACUUCAACCAGAAUGUGAGGGUCGCCAAGAUCUUUUCUGGACUUGGGCACUUUGCUGCAGUCACAAACAACGGGGAACUCUUUGUUUGGGGUAAAAAUAUAAGAGGUUGCUUGGGUACCGGACGAUUUGAUGAUCAGUAUUUUCCAUGGCGGGUAACUGUUCCUGGAGAAGUGGUGGAAGUUGCAUGUGGUGUUGACCACAUGAUUGCGCUGGUGAAAUCAAUUACCUGAGUAGAAGAAAAGAAUUGCAGGGUACUCUGUUAUGUACUGUUGUUCAGUCUUGGCAUGUAAGAUUUCAUGAGAUACUGAUCAAGACAGACCAAUGCAACUAGUUUGUUGUAAAUGGGAAUCGUCCUGCCUUGUUUGAUGUAACUUAGCUGUGUCUGUGGCACAAGGAAAGAAUUAGCAAACAUUUCUGUGAUCUGCACAUCAUCUUAUACAAUGUAUUACACACUGCUGUUUAUGACCCAGUGAUUCAUAUAAAAAUGGGGCAGAAUACAGUACCCAUGUGAAACUGACUGGAGCAAUUUAUAACCCUCUCUUGUGUAAAAUGUAUGUUGGCUUAUUGGGGGAAAAUAAAGGCUGAAAUGGGUAUCUAUGCACA